CAAGCUUGUCAAUAAGAUCCUUUGGUAAUCGUGGAUCAAACAGAUCCAGGAAAAUUUAUCAUCAAAAUUCAUCUAGUAUAAUAUAUAUCAAACUAUGUACGUGUAUUCUUCAUAUUCGAGGGGUGCGAUGCUACGGCGACAAUGUGACCUAACUGUACGAGGGUUGCUUAACUUUAGAUCCCGAAGGAAUUUAUUUGCCGCAUCCGCCUUGCAUUUUAACGAGAAGACUAUUAGUGGACGAGAUGGAUUCUUCACUUGGCUGAAGGACAUCUUUAAUAAAUCCGCAAAGGAUAAAAGCCGCAAGACUGACACCGCGAUCGUUGAUCGUGCAGCAACGGCAACAACAUUCAAUCGAUCAGAAAAGCGGCCGGCGGAUUCUUCAGACAAGGUCGACAUCGUUAAUCAAAAACUGGCUAACUUUUGCACGGCGCGGUCGACGACGAAGUUCAAGUAUGGGAACAUCCGUGCUGAGAAGCGUGACGCGGAGAACGGUGGACGUGCGUACACGAUUCAACAGUCGGCAAUCUACACUACGUCGCAGUCGAAUCGUUUUGCGGCUGAAAAAACUUUCGAACGCGGGAUAGAACCCGACUCUUCAUGGCGCGAUCCUGGCAAGAUGUAUCGAUCCGAGAGAAACUGCGGCGCGAUCGAAUUUGCGGCAAGAGACGAUCUCGAUGUGACCUCACAUUAUCGUUGUUACAUGAGCCCGAGACACUGUUAUCGCCUGCCACCGCAGCGGACAAAACAGCCGCUGAUGGGAUUGUGCGCCCCGAAUAGAUACAUCGGCAUGCCAUCGCGCGCGCUCGUGGGUUUCGCUCCUAGGAACACAAAGCCACCCAUCAAAGAGCCUAACGCGCCCGAAAAGCAUGAGAAGAAGGACGAGAAGAAGGACAAGAAGGAGAAGAAGAAGCCAGUAAUACGUACGGACGGCGAAUCCGUCGAUAGUAGCGAGAACCGAGCGGAGAUGGUGGCGGACGAUAACCCGAGGAAUGACCCCGACGCAACGUUUCGUUACGAGUGGGGCGUGAAACUCGCCGAGGAACAACCGGCCGCCGAGGCGGCGAGCGAUAACGAUAAGUUCGCCGAAAAGGGUCAGCAAUACGUCACGAAGCAACUUUGGGGAGUGAACUUGAUACAACCGAAGCCGGAUAUCGCUUCGCCAGCGACUGCGAGUUCCGAGCGAGACACGGAGAAGUCUCGAAACGCCUCUUCGAACUUUGAGAGUGGCGAUAUCACGACCGAUGCUGGAGCAAAGACCGAUGCUGUUCCAAUGCCAAACGAUUCGGCGAAGAAGUCGAGCCUGAAAGGUACAACCGCGGACUAUCUCUCAACUCCGUCGCGUCAGACCGACUCGAGUGACGAUGUUAUUGAGGUGCAAAAUGAUAGCGAUGAUACGAGCUCGUAUAUGAAUUCAAAAGAGCUUCGAAAAAUCAUGAGAACAUCGCCGAACAUAUUGAAGGAGACGAUAAUCGUCGAUAAAGAAUACAACGUUCCGGAAGGAGCGGAUUUAGACACCGAGAUCAAGGCCUGGCAGAAUCUCGGGGCGAGAUCAGCUCCGGAAGUCAAAGAGAAUUAUUUAUCAUCUGACGAGGAGAACCUAGAGAAUCUGGUAUCCAUCCGUCCGGAAGCGCCACAGCCGAAGUUGGACGUACGAAUUGUAAGAUCCACUGAGGACGAUUUAAAAGAUAAAGAGCAACCGAAUUCUGGAUACGCAUCUCCAAAAGCCGUAGAGAUUAAACAAGUUGGAUCUUCGCAAAGACCGGACGGUCACUUUACCGGCAAGAAACUGCACACUAUAAGCACGCAGAUUCGUUAUAUACAUAGGAAUAAUAUCACCCAGCGAUACGUUGAACCACUUUUAAGUAAUUCUGCUCCUUUCAGUAAAAAUAUACGGACAAAAUAUCCAGGACUCAUCUCGGCCUUCUCUACGAAUCCUGAAGAUUCCAUGCAAAAGGAAUCGGUGAGCCAAAAUGAGAAAAACUCUAACGAUCCAACCGAUUCGAAUGAUACGCCAAACAGCAACCGAUCUUCUUUAUCUAUAGAAUCUCAAAAACUUUCAAGUAGCGAUCAGGAGCAAGCUGAUCUUGCAGAGACGCUAGACAUGAUCGCGGACAAGGAAAUGGAGAUUUCUAUAAAUCAACUGCGAAGUCGUAAAAAGAAUGCUCAUCUCUCAGAUUCUAUCGUGUCUUCUGAGUUUACGCAAGAAGAUAAAUCUCGUUAUAGAGAUGAGGAAGCACAGGAAGAAACGGAACGCUACGAAAAGUCACACGUUAAGUACGAAGAUAAAAACGCUACGUACGUCGAGUUCAACAAUCAAUCAACUAAUAGCGAAUCAGUCAAGUCGGACGCGAUCAAAUCGACCAACGAAGACUCAAACAACAAUAGUUCUACCUUUGACUCAAACGUGAAAGACGCAGACGAUGAUCUGAAGAAAGGCAUCCUCGAUGGCGAUUAUGUACGAUUACCCGGCGAUCCUUACCCUUACAGCAGGGAACACUUAGAAAAAUGGCGCGUGCCACGUUCCAGAAGUCUCAUUCAUAAGUCAUGGACGCGAGAAAUGUCUCGCUCUUCCGAUUCUUCUACCGUCGUGCAGUCAACCCUGAGAAACGCUAAUGACGCGUACGCAAACGCCGCUGGGGAGCCGCGUGAUUCUCACGCCGAUGAUGCGGUAAUGGAGAUUUCAGGAAGUGGCGGCGAUGGCGGCGCAAAAAAGAGGAUGGGACAGGCGAACGGAUUCCACGUGUCCUCUCAGGACCAGCGGGUGGUGUCUGAUUGCUUGCGUGGCGACGCGGCGGAUGUACUAGGGCUGCUGCAAUGGACGGAGGCCUUUUCGCGGCUCGACGUCGACGAGAAGAUGAACGAGGCGGCGCAAAGCGACGACAACGCGCCGUUCCGCGCGCGUUAUGAGUAGUUCGCGACGGAACUUAAGUUCCGGUGCGCGUGCACUUUUGCAUAAUUCAGUUCUCUCGAUUAAUUAGGACGGGCUCGUUGCCGCGACGUAACAAGCCAGGGUUCCGCGAGCUUCAAUCUUAGAUUGCGCACCCCAUUUCCGUUUGCUUUCAACG